CAGAACGAAUAUUUGGUAGGUAAAAGACAUGUUGGAUUUGGAGGCUGGACAAUGUCAACGACUGAAGCUUCGCCGAUGCCGUAGCAGCUGCGUGAGAUUACCUGCAUCUCUACAGGAUAACACUAUGCACAUACUUGUGUAGAUUCCAAGCAAGCCUACUGAUAAACUGGAUUAAUUCUUAGAUCUUGACUUUCAUUGUUUAUACAUCAAAGACAAAGAAGAAAAAAAGAUGGCGGUAGUCUCGUAAGGCUAAUGAAUUUCAUUUGGCUGAAACCAUUUUUUUCCUCAAGAAUACAAAGGAAACCGAACUUGCAAGAAGUUGACUGAGCAAUUGGAAGGAAAAUUGCUAAUCUCAUAACCAUAAUCCAUGUCGAGAGUCAGAGAUAUUGCAUUGGCAGUCUUGAGGAAAAUUUCCGAUUUCCUCGUUCAGGAGCCGGAUUCACUGCUUGGGGUAGAAGAUCAGAUUGAACAGAUCGAAACCAUAUUGCGUAAAAAAGUAAUCAGUGCCCACCGAAGUGUGUGUAACGCUGAGAAAGUAAGGGGAGUUCUUUACGACAUUGAAGAUGCCAUCGAUGAGUUGGUGAUUGCAGCGACAAAUAGAAGGAGGAGAAUUGCUUUUAUUCGCGGUGCUUUAGCUUCUGGUGAUUUACCAAAACAUUUCUUUUAUGUUUUGGCUAUAGAUGAUCUGAUAAAUCAUCACAAAAUCCAGAAGAAGAUGAAACAGCUCAAGACUUCAGUUUCCUCUCGACACGUCUUUAGCUCCGGUGGGUCUGCUGGUUCAUGGGAACUCUUCUUCUUCCUUCACCGCCUGAAAAAAAAAUCCAGAAAAGAGUAUGAUAAAGAGAAAUCAAAGGAUGUUCUUUACGGCGACAUUGAAGAUGGCAUUGAUGAGUUGGUAUUUAAAACAGCAAAUAGAAGGAUGAGAAUUGCUCUCCUGCACUACGUUUUGUGUUUUGUUGAUUUGCCAAAACAUUUCUUUUACGUUUUGGCUUUAUCCGAUCUAAUUGAUUAUUACAAUAUCCGGAAGAAGUUGGAACAACUCAAGCUCUCGCUUUCCUGCAAUUACCGCUUUGACUAUCGGCCGGGUGCUGGUUUAUGGAAAACCUCCUUUGGCCUGGACCUGAACGCAGCCAGUAUAAUUACUUUUCCAGCCAUCAGUAAAUUGGAAGGCUUGGUCGCUCAGGAAUUGCUCAUUAGUCCUGCUGUGAGAAAGCAAGCCAGGCGGUUAAGAGACGAAUUCAAAUCUUUGCAUGAUUUCAUAAGACAAGCUGACUCAAAAGAACUAACUGAAGAAGGAAUGGUGUGGAUGGAGGAGCUCUGCGAUGCCUGUCGCUCAACUGAAAAUGUUGUUGGCCUCUUCAUGGACUACCAACAAUAUCAGAUGAAAAACGGUGGUGAAGUACUUUUCAGAAACUUGGCUUUCGCUCCCAGGAAUUUCAUUACCCAGCGCAAACUUGCCAAUCAGAUGGCUCGGAUCAAAGAUAAAAUCUAUGCUAUUUCUUGCAGAAAAUACACAGCCUUCCAAAGUCCUGUGUCACUGCAUGGAAGAUUUAAUCCGUGCAAAGGAUCUUACUCAUUACGUGCUUCUGAUCAAAUUGAUCCAGUAAGUUUUGACGAGGAUGUAGAUGCAAUUACUGCGAAGCUGCUAAAAGAUGAUCCUCGUUGCAUCACUGUUUCAAUUGUCGGUGUCAAAGGUAUUGGCAAGACUAGCCUUGCAAGCUUAAUCUACAACGGCCAAGCUAUUGCACAUCAUUUCCCUUGCCGUAUAUGGGUGCCUGGAGAAAGAAUUCUUGACACUCAAGGUAUCAUGAAAAACAUAUUGCAGCUUAGAGAUGAACCAGAUUUAAGAAUCCAUUCGAAUGAAACAAGUGAUAGCUACAAAGAUAGGGUGAGGAAGAUGGUCAGUCCUCGCUUGGCAGAUAAGAAGCAUAUCAUUAUUAUUGAUGAUUAUCGCUAUGCAAAUGAGUUCUGGAAGAGAAUGGGAUUUUCAUUCAGCGACAUAACAAAUGGGACAAGAAUAAUAUUCACUGUUUCCCAUCAAAAGGAAGCUCCACCAGUCACUGAGACUGAUUUUACAUACAGAUUGCAUUUGCGAAGUGAUGAUGAGAGCUGGGGAUUGUUCACACAUACUUUGAACAUAAGCAUCCCUCCUGUUUUGGAAAAUAAUUUGAAGGAAGCUAUUUUGAGAAAAUGUGGAGGGCUGCCAAAGGUGAUAGUGGAAAUAGGAAAACGUUUUUCACAGACAAAUGCAACCAUAGAAGAGUGGUCAAGGGUGCUUGACAAGUUAAUUCAAGAUGAAAAACCCUGGUCGGAAAUCUUGGAGGAGAUUAAUAAACAUUUUCCUUUAUAUCUAAGGCGAUGCCUAUUUUAUUUUGGAUUAUUCCCAGCAGGUUUUAUGGUCCCCGCUAGAAGAUUGGUUGCCUUGUGGGUUGCAGAGGGUUUGGGAUGUCAACAGGAUGAUUCAAAACCUCCUGAAUAUGUUGCAGAGGAGUGUUUGAGGGAGUUGGUAAACAAUAACAUGGUGCAAGUGACAAAGAAGAAGCUCAAUGGAAAGAUUAAGACAUGUUGCCUACCUGAGCCUUUACGAGUACAUUGGUAUACCAGAGCCAAGGAAGCUAAUUUUCUCCAAGGUCAUAGUGAUAAGACCGGUGGAGUACGCAGACUUGCAGAUCAUCUUGACCCGAGUGAUGCGCUCUUUGAUCACAUCCAUGGUAACAACUCAAGUUUUCUGAACUCUUGCUAUAGCAAUGUUGUCUCUUUUCUAUCGUUUGAUACUCGAGAACAAAGAAAAGCAGGAGAAGAUAUAGAUAACUUUCUUGAUCGAUGCAUCUCUAGCAAUUGCUUCCAUUUCCUGUGGGUAUUGGAUCUUGAAUGCGUAUACAAGCCGAAACUGCCAAAGGCAGUAAGUCAACUCACUCGGUUGAAGUACCUCGGUUUGAGGUCAACUUAUCUUGAGAUACUUCCAACAUCCAUUGACCAAUUGCUUACCCUUCAGACGAUGGACUUGAAGAGAACUUGCAUCAUCAAUCUCCCCAGAUCAAUAUGGAAGAUGCAACAGCUCAGACAUUUAUUCUUGGAUGAGAGUUUUCGCAGCAAAUUUGUCCCUCGUCAAGAUGGCAAAACUCUGGUCGAGCUUCAGACGCUUUGGGGAGUCUUUAUAGAUGAGGAUAGUCCAGUGAGAAAUGGUUUAGACACCUUGACAAAUAUUACGAAAUUAGGACUCAAGUGCAAGAUAUCAGAACCAUCUAAGAAGGUAGCCAUGUCCUCACAGCUGGUAACUGUGGCAAAUUGGGUUGAAAAUCUAAAACAACUUCAAUCCUUGAGGUUGAAAUCAUUUGAUGAAUCAAACCAGCCCUGGGAUCUACAUUUGGAGUCUUUAUCAAGCCAUGUGAAUCUCACCAAUUUAUAUUUAGUUGGAAAACUUAAGAAUCAACAGUUGGUAUCUCAGUUCCCCAAGAACCUCAUUGAGCUCACAAUGUCAGCAUCUGGACUAGCAGAAGACCCAAUGCAAAUACUGGACGAGCUUCCUAAUCUCAGGAUUGUGAUACUGUUGUUGGGAUCAUUUACAGGGAAAAAGAUGCUGUGCAAAUUUGGAGGAUUUCCUAAGCUUGAAGUACUUAAACUCAAGAAGUUGAUGGAACUGGAGGAAUGGAAUGUGGAGGAAGGAGCUUUGCCUAGCCUAAAAGACUUGGAGAUUGAAUCCUGUAGUAAUUUAAAGAUUAUUCCAGAUGGGCUGCGGCUUGUCAGGACACUUCGUCAACUAAAAUUGGCAAAGUUGCCUAUAAUAUCAUCGAGGAUUAAGGAAAACCAAGGUGAGGAUUGGAUUAAAAUUGCCCAUGUGCGUCAUAUCUGCACAGAAGAAUGAUAGUGCCAUGUUCUAUCUAUUCUGAUUCCUGAAAUUAUGUAUGCUGUGAUUCGUUAGUGAGGCCUAAUAGUUAAAAUUUGUUCUCUACACUCUGCACCCACACAGCUUUCUGCUGGUUCUAUGUAAGCCUUGUGUAUUACAAAUUACUGCAAAGAAUUUGUUAAAAACUGUCACUUGAUGCGAAUGAACAAGAAUAUACAAGGGGGUGAAUGCUGGUAUUGUUUCUA